GACGGACAAAUGGCUAUAAUAUUACAGAGCUACAUCUAGCGGUAGAUUGAGGAAAUCUCUACAGUCUCGCUUCGUGAUUAUGAUUAAGACUUUUGCUUAAGCUAAAAUUGAUAAAUCGUUUGUAAAAUGUUUCAGAAUUUCGUGACAUGCAGGAUUAAUUUAAUAGGUAUUGCUCGGUCCACACAAUCACAGAGGAGAUUUAGAAAUGGCUCGAGAGAACAUUCUUCAUCGCGCCAUCCACUGUUACGAACAACCUGUUUUCAUUUACCAGAUGAUAUACAAAGUUUAUCAAUUCGUUCAUAUUCAAAUCCAGCACGAAGACCCAGUUUCUUUUCUCAAUUUGUUGAAAAUAUUAAACAAGAAAUGCAGAAAAAUAAAGAGAUGAAAGAAUCAUUAAAGAAAUUUCGUGAAGAAGCAGAGAAAUUAGAACAGUCAGAAGCGUUGCGUUCAGCGAGACAAAAAUUUCAAGCAGUUGAAUCUGAAGCCUCCAAAGGAUCCGAAGCCAUAAAAGAAAAAUUGGACAGUCUAAAAGAAAAAGUACAAGAAGUUAUUGAGGAAGCAAGUAAAUCUGAAUUAGGCAAAAAGGCAGGACAAUUAGGUGAGGAAAUAACUAAAUCGGCGAAAGGGGCAGCAGAAACGAUUUCGGAAAAAAGUCAAGCACUUGGAAAAACAGGAGCUUUCCAAACUAUUUCACAGACAGCAGAGGUUGUAAGAAAAGAGUUAGAUCAUCAAGGAAUGCAAGGAAGAGUUUACGUACCACUUACUAAAUUAAGAAAAAGAAAAGAAAUAGUAGAUAUAUCUUUAGAUGAAAAGCAGUUUCAACCUAAUAUGGAUGCACGAGGAGUUGAAUUGCAUAAAGAUUCUAAAUUUUUUCAGUCUUGGCAAAAUUUUAAGGAUAACAAUCCAUAUAUGAAUAAAGUAUUGGAUUGGAAAAUCAAGUAUGAAGAAUCGGACAAUCCUGUAAUUCGUGCUUCCAGAUUUUUUACCGAAAAAGUUAGCUAUAUGGUUGGUGGUAUGUUCCAAAAGACAGAUUUGUCGGAGACAUUAACGGAAAUUUGUAAGCUGGAUCCAAGCUUUGAUAAAAAUCAAUUUUUAAGAGAUUGCGAGAUAGAUAUUAUACCAAAUAUACUUGAAGCUAUGGUUAGAGGGGAUCUUGAAAUUUUAAAAGAUUGGUGUCACGAGGCCGCGUUUAAUGUAAUAUCACAACCUAUUAUGCAAGUACAAAAAUUGGGAUAUCAUUUAGACAAUAAAAUCUUAGACAUUGAAAAUGUAGAUCUUUUAAUGGGUAAGAUGAUGGAACAAGGUCCAGUUUUAUUGAUAACGUUUCUCAGCCAACAGAUACUAUGUAUAAGAGAUAAAGAUAAUAACAUAAUUGAAGGAGAUCCUGAAAGAGUGAUGCGUUUCAAUUACAUUUGGGUAUUAUGUCGGGAUCCAACGGAACUCAAUCCAAAAGCUGCUUGGCGUUUACUUGAAAUUAGCUGUUCGAGCGUCAAGCAAUUUGUAUAGUGCACUGAUUCUAGAUUAAAUUCAUAUUUUAUUUCCGGAUAAUUGAUGUCAAAAGCGAUUAAAAGUUAUUUUAGAUGUUUCUUUGUUUUUUUCUACAAUGGAACAGCACGUAAUGGUUGAAUCAUUUUCUCCUAAAUAAGUUGGCUGUUAUAGUUACAAUUAUCAAAUAUUUCUUCAUAUAAUGUCGGAUUAAAAAAGUACCGUCAUAUAAAAAGACAUCAUUUAAAACAAAAAUUCUUUUCUUGCUUCUUAAAAAAAAGAAGACCAAGAGAGAGAGAGAGAGAGAGAGAGAUAUCUCUUACACGGUACGUGUAAUUUUUACGUGAAGAAUAUUAAUUCUAUCAUCUGAAAAUAAUUGAAAGAAUCAAUCGAAAGUUAACAUGGACAUUAACAUGAAAAAUGAAUAAUUGAGCACCGAUGUAUGCCUAUUAUUUUAAAACUAUACCAUAUAACAUGGUAGAGAUGUGUAUACAUUCAUGUAACAUAAUUUUGUAUACAUACCUUACAAAUUUUAGUUGUAUGAUCUCUGUAUAUAUGCGAUUGCUUUCAUUAAGAAUAUCUAUAAUAAACAAUAGACUACUUUGUUA